AUGGAAGAUACAGGGAAUGAAACGCUGAAACAGCAAUUCCAACUUCUUCAGGAGCAACAACAGAAAAAAUUACAGCGAAGAAAACAGCGACAGGAUCAGAAAGAAAAAUCAUCCGUCCAAAAACCUGUAGCUGCUCCAACAUUUGGGGUUGAAGACCAUUUAGAUUUAAAGCUAGCAGAUCCAGUUCCAAAAGGAAGCAGUAUUGUAUCUGAGGAGCUUGUGGAUCAUUUAAACCAGCAAAUCAGAGAAUUGAAAGAUGAAAAUGGUCGAGUCUACAAGCUCUUAAGUGAAAAAGAUUUUGAAUUACGUAACAUGAAAAAGAAGAGAGAGGAAGAUAAAUCAGGGGCUUCUGGUGUAACUAAUGAGACAGCUGCUACAAAAAUUGUGGAGUUAUCCAAAAAAGUACGAGAACUUACGUCUGAAAUGGAAGCAGAGCGCACAAAAAGUAAACAAUUGGCAAGAAAAUGUAUGGAUCUAAACAAUCAGAUUUCCAAUAUUCCUCAAGAGGCCAGGUCUAUGCUGGGGUCAGCUGUCAGUCUGAGAUCACAGAUGGAGGAAAAGGCUGAAGAACAGGUAGAUGUGAAAGCAAUACAAGACAAAUUAAAACAGACAGAAUCCAAAAUGGCGGAAUAUCGUAACCAGUGCUCAUCUUUCAAACAGGAACUGAAAAUAGUUCAUAAGGUAUUGAGUCAGGAAGUUGGUGACAAUGUCAAUGUACAGAGUUUACUAAACAGCAACAGUUCCUGGAGGGGACGAUCACAGCAGAUCCUUGCUCUUCAGUCAAAGGUGGAAGACCUCCGUUCACAGCUUGCUAGUAAGACAAAGCCUGAGGGAGACCUAGAGAAGGAGAUGAUGGGAAAUACUUCGUCACGAAGACGAACUGCCGAUGAUAGACACAGGGAACAGCUUCGAAAGCUGGAAAAAGAGAGGAAGGAGUCACAAGAGAAACAGGCCAAUGAGCUGAAGGCUUUAGAAGAAGACCAUGAGGCUCUAAAGAAAAAGCUAGAUGCUUCAAAGACCAGGAACAAAGUUUUAGCUAAUGAGAUUAAGUCAAUCAAAGCACAGAUGCAGACAUGUAUACAGAAAGGUCAACAUGAUGACGAACUGAUUGAAGCUCUCAUGCGUCAGCAAACAAAGCUACAAAAGCUGCUGGAGGAAUCUGGCAGUAACCAAACAGCCAGUAGUCAGCAGGCAGAGGCCCAGCUCAAACACAUGUCAAUGAAGGCCCAACAGGACAGCAAUAUUGUACAGCAACUGAAGGCCAUCGUUACAGAGAAGGAGUCGAAAGUCCAUCAACUAGAGGACGAGAUUAGGCAGCUCAAACUCAAUCAUCUACACAAAGCUCAAGAGGAGGGUGUAAAUCAGCUAUUCCAACAAGUGGAUAACCGCCCUCCGUCUUCUAUCCCUAGUAGCCGCCCAAUGACUGGCGAUAAGAACAUAGAGCUGGACUUCACUGUAUCCUCAGUUACACCUACACAGUCAAGAUUAAGUGAGAGACCUCCAUCUGGGAUGAAGGAUCGGCCGCUCUCAUCUGCCAUGGAUAGGCCACCAACUUCUAAUAGCGCUAUGGAUAGUUCCAGGGUCCCGUCCAGGAAGUCAGCUCGGACACCUACGAAUAACCAUGCAGACCGUCAAACCAUCGCAGACUUAACCUAUCAGUGCCAAGAGUACCACACAGUGAUGCAAGCCACAGAAGUGGAACGAGACCGUUUGUCAGAGCUUGUCAAAGUUGUACAGCAAAGAAUGACUGAACAGACCGAGAAGUUGACAGAGCUUCAGAAUGAACUUGUACAGCAAAGAAGGAGAAAUGCCCUUCUCGAGAAACAGAUCGGCAAAAACAAAGUAGAACAACAGAAUCUGAUCAACAAAUCAAGUAGUGCUAUACCUCGAGCCAGGAAGCAAACCUCAGGCCGUGUAAGUAGUCAGUCAAUGAUGUCGGCCAACCCCCUAUCUUCGAGCAUGCUUGGAAAGGAUAUGUUUGAUGUAACAGAGGAGGAAAACAUUGAUACUAUGAAUGUAGAUGAGAUUAAAACUAAUUUGGAGAUCCAGCGUGAUGAAAAUGAAGCUCUCAAGACAGCGUUACAGAGUACACUGAAGGCAAAGGAAGAAGAUCUACAGACUUACUACCACAUUAUGGAGGAAACCAAGAAAGUCUUUCUCCAGGCCCUCAGACAAUAUAAACAGAAUGUCAGCGGCACGUGACCCAGGGGUCACUAGGUUAUGAGGUCACAGGUCAA